AUGGAGAGACAGGCCACGAAAAAGAAGCUCAAAUCUUUGAAUGCCUUUCAAAUGAUGGACGAUGGCAUUGAAGCGGAACACAUCUGCACAAGAGCUUGCGGCCGACUGCUCAAAUGUGGAAACCAUACCUGUCCUGAGCUUUGCCAUCGUGGGCCCUGUGGUAGCUGUCGGGAAGCCAUCUUCGACGAGCUUGCUUGUCACUGCGGGAAGACAGUCCUGCAACCACCUCUACCAUGCGGGACGGCGUCUCCACCAUGUCGAUUUGAAUGCGAAAGACCAAAGCACUGCAGCCAUCCCCAGGUACCUCAUAACUGCCACGGUGGCGAUGAGAAAUGCCCUAAGUGUCCCUUCCUGAGCCAGAAACCAUGUCUUUGUGGCAAGAAGGUGCUUAAGAACCAACCUUGUUUUGCAACUGAAGUUCGUUGCGGCGAGGUGUGCGGUGCAAAGCUGAAAUGCGGGGCUCAUGCUUGUCGUAAGCAAUGCCAUCGACCUGGCGAGUGCGAAGAUGCCGGUACAAGAUGUCUGCAGCAAUGUGGCAAAACGAAGAAGGUAUGCGAGCAUUCUUGUGAUGACAUAUGCCAUGCGCCCUCGUCAUGCAAAGAAGAUAAGCCUUGCCAACACAAGAUGUAUAUUACGUGUGAGUGUCAAAACUUGAAGCAAGAAGUCAAAUGCAAUGCUUCCAAGAACGCGGAUGGCAACAGCAAAAAGACUUUAACCUGUGAUGAUGAAUGCGCAAGGCUUGCGAGGAAUCAUCGACUUGCGGAGGCGCUCAAUAUUGAUAUCGAAACCCACACUGACGACCACGUACCCUAUUCCACGGAAACCAUGAAGCUGUACCGUGCCAACAUCAAUUGGGCACACGCCGAGGAACGAGAAAUGCGUAUAUUCGCCGCGGAUGAAGACGAGAAACGCCUACGCUUCAAGCCCGGCCCACCUCAUCAGCGAGCAUUUCUGCACGCCCUAGCUGAGGACUUCGGCUUCGACAGCGAAAGCAUCGAUCCCGAACCCCACCGCCAUAUACUGAUAUUCAAGACCCCUCGAUUCGUCAAAGCGCCCAUGAAGACGCUCGCUCAGUGCCUUCGUAUCCGUCUUACACAGGCUUCAUCUCUCACAGCAUCGACAGAAGAGCCCGCACGCCGUAUCAAUCCUUUCAACGGCUUCCUCCUCCUGCACCCCCGCUUCGGUCUCACGGUCGACGACCUACGUGGCGAACUUCUAUCCGCAUUCCAAUCGACCCCUGGUCUAGCCUACGACAUUUCCUUCCCCUCAUCAGGAGAUCAAGUCAUCAUCCGCGCCCGGCCCGCAACAGCCUCAACAGCCAUCUCCCCUACCGCCGUAGAAGCCUCCCUGAAAUCCAUCAAACCCACACUCUCCGCCAUCAUCAGCGCUAAGAAAAUAGCUUUUGCCCUCCACCUUUGCACCUCAGAUGCUGAAUUGAGUAUCAGCAGGAGAGAGAAUGACGGUAAAACAAGUACGGGCGUGGAUGGAUGGAGUCAAGUCGCAGCGAAAGGCGCGGCACCCAGGGUACUGAGGCCGAAGGAGGCGGUAGGGAAGAAGAGCGGAUUUACAGUGUUGGGAAGUAGGGUUAAGGAGAAGAAGAUGAAGGAGGUUCAGAAGGAGGUGGUAGAGGACUGGGAGGAGGAGAUUGAGAGGGAAGAAAAGGAGGCUCAUCAUGAACGAGGAGAUUCUGAUGAGGUGAACGAUAGGGGUGAGAGUAUCCUGAAUGAGGGGACAAUAGCUGGUUCCGCGAUGGAUGGGGAAGAUGAGGCGGUGAAAGAAAUGGCUCCACAAGCAUGA